AUGAAAGCAAGGUCACAGAGACCUGAAAGGAAUGAUAUCGAUCUGUUUUUUGGCAGUGUCGCUGAGACUGUCAAGAAGUUUCCCAGAUUGGAGCAGGUUCGAUUAAAAUUCAGUAUUAUGAAUAUGGUCCACGAGGUAGAGAUGAAAAUGUGUUUGGAAAGUGACGGAGCUUCUUCUUCAACACCUCCACAUUACAAUCACAAUACAUUUUCUCCAUCACCUUCAUCUCAGAGUUUUGACAUUCAUAACUCCCUUUUUCCUCCGGUCACUGAGCCACUUUCUUUCACCACAAUCGCAUACUCUUCUCCAUCUGUCACCCAGCAGGUUUCUUCCCCACAUUAUGUACAUGAGUCUUCACCCUCACCCCAGAUCGCAUACUCUUCUCCACCUGUCACUCAGCAGGUUCCUUCCCCACAGUACUUACAUGAGUCUUCACCCUCACCUCAGAUCGCAUACUCUCUUUCUUCACCUGUCACUCAGCAGGAUCCUUCCCCACAGUACGUACAUGAGUCUUCGCCUUCACCUCAGAUCGCAUACUGUCCUCCUCCUCCUGUCUCUCAGCAUAUUCCUUUCUCACAAUACCUACCUCAUUCUUCACCCUCACCCCAGAUCACAAACUCACUUCCUUCUCCUGUUACUCAGAAAGUUUCCUCUUCGCAAUUCAUACUCCAGUCUACAGCUUCACCACAGAUGGCAUACCGUAUAGCUUCUUCGCCGAGCAUUCAACCUUCAAAAUCUACCAAGAAGAGGAAAAACACUCUUCUACUCCAAGAAUAUGGCUUCGAGCAUAUAAAAAACGCUUUUGUGCAGGGACUACGGGCCUUAGGUGAGUACGAAGAAGCUCAUCUUGUAGAAGAAUUAAGAAACGCUGACACUCAAAAGAAAUUUGACCUCCGUAAUAUGUGGAAUAACUUAGACCAGAUGAAGACUCUUUCCGAUGAGGAAGCAUUGAGUGCUUUUAUAGAUUUGGAUCUAACAAAAGCACAAUACAUGUACCUGAAAAACUUAACCAACGAACGAAAAUGUUGUAUAUUCCCGCCUUUCUACAAAAUACAAGAAAUAAAAAAAAUCUUGUUAUCCACCAUUAUCAACUCUGGAAAUUACAAAUACUUAUGCUAA